AUGACCCCAAACAUGAUUUCGUCCAACUCGCUAUCGGUACUCUUGCUCUCUUCUGCGGUUAAUGCGCAACUUUUCAAUGGCCCUGUCAGACCUCCGGAUGCAUUUAGCUAUGUCCAGCCAGCCGACACGGUCAUCUUGACACAGUACAAUAGCUCAGAACCCGUCUAUCCAUCUCCGCAGAUUGUUGGUACCAUAGGUUGGGAGGUUGCCUUGGAAAAAGCUCGCGCGUUUGUUGCGCAGCUUACUCCGGAAGAGAAAGCAGAUAUGGUGACCGGUCAACCAGGUCCAUGUAUUGGGAACAUUGUUGGUAUUCCCCGUCUCAACUUUAGUGGUCUAUGCCUUCAGGAUGGCCCGGCAUCUCUCCGUAUCGCAAACUACGCAAGUUCAUUCCCAUCAGGCGUGACUAUUGCUUCAUCUUGGGAUAAGAAGAUGCUAUAUGAGCGAGGUUUAGCUAUGGGCCGCGAGUUCAAAGGAAAAGGUGCUCAUGUUGCUUUGGCGCCUGUCGCUGGUCCACUUGGCCGAUCUGCUUAUUGUGGGCUCAAUUGGGAAGGCUUUUCUCCAGAUCCCUACUUGACCGGUAUUGCUAUGCAGGAAUCGGUCUUAGGUUUACAAGAUGCCGGAGUUCAGGCAACAGCAAAGCACUUCAUUUUGAAUGAGCAGGAGAUUUUGCGCAACGCAUUUUCUUUCCCCAACGGCUCUGUGCAGUAUGAGGCGAUCUCGUCGAAUGUUGAUGACAGAACUCUCCAUGAGCUCUAUAUGUGGCCUUUUGCAAACGCGAUUCAUUCUCAUGCCGCAGCCGUCAUGUGUUCAUAUCAGAGAAUAAAUGGCUCUUACGCCUGUCAAAAUUCAAAAGUCCUAAAUGGUUAUCUGAAAACUGAGCUGGGCUUUCAGGGCUACGUUAUGUCUGACUGGUUUGCUGUUCACUCUGGUGUUGCUUCUAUCGAAGCCGGGCUGGACAUGGAUAUGCCCGGGUUUACCCUUCCCUUCCUUCUAGGGAAUGGACCGUACGAGUCCUUUUUGGGUACAAACGUCAGCAAUGCAAUCAGCAAUGGUACAGUCGGCAUGGAUCGUCUGGAUGACAUGAUUACCCGCAUAAUGACGCCUUAUUAUGCCCUUCACCAGGACGAGGACAUUCCGCCAAUUGCUGUUUUUGGCAAUGACGCAGGUGAAAUUACUGAAGGCCCGAUCAAUCAGGAUAUUUUUGAGUUUGGUACGCUUGCAGUGGGAGGCGGCUCGGGUGCCGCUCAAUUCAGCUACCUGAUAUCUCCUCUCCAAGCUAUCAAAGAACGAGCUUUGGAGACUGGCGCGAUUGUGGAAGCUUGGUUGAACAACACGUAUGUUUCACAGGUUACAGAAACAGCCAUCACCGGUGCUGGUGGUAUUCUUUUGGCUAACACUCCGGAUGUUUGCCUUGUAUUCCUCAAGGGAUGGGCUUCUGAAGGCGUCGAUCGCGAAACACUCGACUUGGACUGGUCAGCCAACGAAGUUGUCGAAGCGGUUGCUGGAGCUUGCAAUAAUACCGUCGUGAUCACUCACAGUUCUGGAAUCAACGAUUUGCCCUGGGCCGAUCAUCCUAACGUCACAGCUAUUCUUGUCGCUCACUACCCUGGACAAGAGUCUGGAAACUCCAUCGUUGAUGUUCUUUACGGCGAUGUGAAUCCGUCUGGACAUCUUCCAUACACGAUUGCUUUUAACGGCAGCGACUAUAAUAGUCCUGUCGUGACUUCCAUUAAUACGACUGGGUCGGAUGAUUGGCAGUCAUAUUUUACAGAGAGACUCGAGAUUGAUUAUCGUUUUUUGACGCCCAAGAUAUUGAUGUUCGCUAUGAAUUUGGGUUUGGCCUUUCCCGAUGGUCAAAUCACUUCCCACGCAGAAGAGCUCGAGACUCAACCUGGUGGAAAUCCUGCCCUAUGGGAAGUCAUCUAUACGGCAAAUGUCGUGGUCUACAACACCGGCGAUGUUCGCGGUAACGUUGUUCCUCAGCUUUAUGUCUCAUUCCCAUCCAGCACCCCCGCCGGGACUCCCCUUCGUCAACUGCGCGGUUUCGAGAAGGUUGAGCUUACUUCUGGCCAGCGCGCGUCGGUUGAUUUCGAACUCAUGCGUCGCGAUCUAAGUUAUUGGGAUAUCAACUCCCAACAGUGGCUGAUUCCUGAGGGUGAAUUUACACUGCAUGUUGGUCUCAGCAGCCGUGACUUGCACGGAUCAACGGUAUUUACCGCUGUUACGGUUGGAGCCCCUGGCAAUUCAACAAUUGUUGGAAGUGGUGGUGUUAAUUCUACCACGAAAUGA